AUGAAUUUAUUAAUUGAUCGUAUGGAAAACCCUGGUAUAAGGAAAACAUCACAUUUACUAUCUUCACUCACUAAUGAGGAACCGGAAAAAUAUACUUCUUCAAAUGAUUUACUACCAAUGACAAAUACAAAUCAUCGAAAGGAAAAGAAAAAUCUUAGUAAACGAAGUAGAAAUAAAAGUGAAAAAUAUUUAUCAUCAAGAUAUGAUUUAGACGCGAAACAGGAUUGGCAAAACGAAUACAAGAAUAAUAAACUUCUAUCUCCGAAACGAAUAAAAUCAUCAAGUGCUCUUAAAUUACCUACCAUUGCAAUAAAUGAUGUAUCAACGUCCACUACAACUCUUGCAUCAGAACCUUCCAAAAUAGGCCUGGCUUCAUAUUUCAAUUCUUCUAAUCAACUAGAUGAUGGACUGUCUUUCAACCCUAUUACAAGACAAGAGAAAUUAAAGUAUCUAAACCCUCCAAAUUUACUUGACUAUUCUUCUGCAUUCGGUGGUACAUUUAGUGAAUUGUUAUUUAAACCCUCUCCUCCAAAGAGUUCCCUUCCAUACAAAUCAACACCAAAUUCGUCCACGCAACUCGGUUUCAUUAAGGAGAGAAGACAAUCUUCUUUUAAUUCACCCAGUGUGUCCCCAUUUAAGAGAAGAUCUUCAACAGUUAAUAGGAUGAGAACAAGUUUCUCACAAUCUCAACAACAAUUAACACCGCUAAACACAAACACAAAGAAAAAAACACAGAGAUCAAAUUCAAGUAAUACUAGUUCUACUGCUACUGAUUGCUUAUCUGAUAAAAGAAAAUUAGUUAAUGAAUUUUUGCAACCAAAGAUGAAUCAAUCAUCAAUAGCAUUUGGGCAACAUAGAGAUUCAACAGAAUCGGAUUUUGCAUCAACAGAUUAUACUAAAUCAUUACCAUCAGAUCAAUCAUUAGAAAAUAUAUUACUCGAGGACCUAAGUAGUUCAUCUUAUCUACUAUCAGAAUCAAAAGUAUCGAACCUAACCCCAUUUACGGCAUCUUCAGUAGGUUCUUCCUCCAUCUUCAUGGAUCGAAUAUCAUCUGCUUCCUCACCCACGUCGUCGUCGUCAUCGUCAUCGUCCACGUCUUUAUCAUCGUAUGGAUCGCAGUCAGAAAAGAAUGACUCAUGUGAAAUCAUUACAUCCUCUAAUGGUUCAUUACCAAUAAUAAAGGAAUCCAUCCAAAUGACCAUACGGAAAGAUCAAACAGAAAACAGUGCUACUACUGGUAAGAAUUCCGAGAAUGAUCAGGCACGUCUGACAUUAACAUCAAUGGAUUGUAACGAAUUAAAUUAUUAUCAAACACAUAUAUUGAACACAAUAAUUCGUUUUGAAACCAUCUUAAAACAUGACUUAAAAGAAUUUAUCAUCCGUGAUGAAAUUGAUUUAUUGAGAAUGGUAAAUAAAUUCGAUUCAUUAAAUUUGAAUUUACAACAAAUGAAAUCCAAUAUUGAUGAUUUAUACAACACUAUUAAAAUCACCUAUUUGAAUCAUGUUCAUGAAGAAUUCGAUACCACAAAUCCAGACUCGUUUGAAUCACAAUUGAAUGAAUCUGUUAAUGAAAGUGUUAAACAAUUGGAAAUCUUAGAAAAGAAAAUGGAAUCUUGCCAAAAAAAAUUAUUGGAACAAAGAGAGGUUAUGAGACAAUUAGAUAAUUUGGUUUUAAUUGAAAAAUCUCUUUUGGAAUCAAAACGAAAUGUGAAACAAAUUUAUAAGUAUAGAUACAUUAUUUUCGAUUUGGUUAUGCUCAUAAUGAUGAUUUGUGUCGGAUAUUUCGUCAAGAAAAUAGUCUUGGGAAUAUGGAUCUCAUUAUGA